AGUCCAGAAAAAGAGCCCCGGCCGCGGUGGAGCGGCGGCCGCUGUAGGAACCUCGCGAGCUGAGGUGGCUGCGGGUGGUCCCCCGCGCUGGUGGUCUGUAUAGAAGCAGAGGGUCCUGGAACCAGGACGCAGCUCCGAGCCUCUGUCACAGUCACGGGUGCUGGCCGGGGGGAUUCCACUUCUCUGCCCACUGGCCGGGCCUGGGGCGGGAUGUAGGGCGCUGGCGCGAAGGCCGCCGGCGCAGCACGGCGAUCCCGUAGGACGCGCCGAGGAUGGAGAGAGCGAUGGAACAGCUUAACCGCCUGACGCGCUCGCUUCGACGCGCUCGCACCGUGGAGUUGCCGGAGGGAUCUUGCUAAGUUGCUGAGGCUGUCUUUGAACUUUUGAUCCUCCUGCCUCAGCGUCCUGAGUUGCUAGGAUUAAAGAUAAUGAAACUGCAGUUUACACAUUAAUGCCAAUGGUUAUGGCUGAUCAACACAGGUCUGUUUCUGAACUACUGUCAAAUUCAAAAUUUGAUGUCAAUUAUGCAUUUGGACGUGUGAAAAGAAGCUUGCUUCACAUUGCAGCAAAUUGUGGAUCAGUGGAAUGCUUGGUUUUGCUGUUAAAGAAAGGAGCAAAUCCUAACUAUCAAGAUAUUUCAGGCUGUACACCUCUUCAUUUGGCAGCUAGAAAUGGGCAGAAGAAAUGUAUGAGUAAAUUAUUAGAAUACAGUGCUGAUGUCAACAUUUGUAAUAAUGAAGGCCUUACAGCAAUACACUGGCUGGCUGUGAAUGGGCGGACAGAAUUGCUCCAUGACCUCGUGCAACAUGUCAGUGAUGUCGAUGUUGAGGAUGCGAUGGGGCAGACAGCACUGCAUGUGGCCUGCCAGAAUGGGCACAAAACAACAGUGCAAUGCUUGCUAGACAGUGGUGCUGAUAUUAACAGGCCAAAUGUGUCAGGAGCCACUCCAUUGUACUUUGCUUGCAGUCAUGGUCAGAGAGAUACAGCACAGAUUCUUCUAUUACGAGGAGCCAAAUAUUUGCCAGAUAAAAAUGGAGUAACCCCUCUGGAUUUAUGUGUACAGGGUGGAUAUGGAGAGACUUGUGAAGUAUUAAUUCAGUAUCAUCCUAGGCUUUUUCAGACUAUUAUUCAAAUGACACAGAAUGAAGACCUCCGAGAAAACAUGCUACGGCAAGUUCUGGAGCAUUUGUCUCAGCAAAGUGAAAGCCAGUAUCUAAAGAUUCUAACAAGCCUUGCUGAAGUUGCUACAACAAAUGGUCACAAGCUGCUUAGCCUAUCUAGCAAUUAUGAUGCUCAAAUGAAGAGCCUUUUAAGGAUUGUGAGGAUAUUUUGUCAUGUCUUUCGAAUUGGCCCUUCCUCCCCCAGUAAUGGAAUCGAUAUGGGUUACAAUGGGAACAAAACUCCAAGAAGCCAGGUGUUCAAGCCUCUGGAAUUGCUUUGGCACUCAUUAGAUGAAUGGCUAGUUUUAAUAGCUACAGAAUUGAUGAAAAACAAAAAGGACUCAACAGAUAUCACUUCUAUUUUACUGAAACAAAAAGGCCAAGAUCAAGAUGCCACUUCCAUUCCACCAUUUGAACCUGGGAGCUAUGAAAAUCUAUCCACUGGCACAGGGGAAUCUAAACCAGAUGCUCUUGCAGGGAAACAGGAAGCCAAUGCAGAUUGUCAGGAUGUUAUUUCUAUGACAGCCAACCGGCUAAGUGCUGUCAUUCAAGCUUUUUACAUGUGCUGUUCUUGUCAGAUGCCUCCAGGAAUGACUUCACCCCGUUUUAUUGAAUUUGUCUGCAAACAUGAUGAAGUUUUAAAAUGUUUUGUUAACAGAAAUCCUAAAAUUAUUUUUGACCACUUUCACUUUCUCCUUGAAUGUCCUGAGUUGAUGUCAAGAUUCAUGCAUAUCAUAAAAGCACAGCCAUUUAAAGAUCGCUGUGAAUGGUUCUAUGAACAUUUGCAUUCAGGACAACCAGAUUCAGACAUGGUGCACAGGCCAGUAAAUGAAAAUGACAUUCUGCUGGUUCACAGAGAUUCUAUUUUUAGGAGUAGCUGUGAAGUUGUAUCAAAAGCAAAUUGUGCAAAGCUAAAACAAGGGAUUGCUGUACGAUUCCAUGGAGAAGAAGGCAUGGGUCAAGGCGUUGUGCGAGAGUGGUUUGAUAUUCUGUCUAAUGAGAUAGUCAAUCCUGAUUAUGCAUUGUUUACCCAGUCAGCGGAUGGAACAACUUUUCAGCCUAAUAGCAACUCCUAUGUAAAUCCUGAUCACUUGAACUAUUUCCGGUUUGCUGGCCAGAUCUUGGGAUUAGCUUUGAACCAUAGGCAGUUGGUCAAUAUUUACUUCACACGAUCAUUCUACAAACACAUUCUUGGUAUUCCUGUAAAUUACCAAGAUGUAGCAUCCAUUGAUCCAGAAUAUGCCAAAAAUUUGCAGUGGAUUUUAGAUAAUGAUAUUAGUGAUCUAGGUCUAGAAUUAACUUUUUCUGUUGAAACUGAUGUGUUUGGAGCAAUGGAAGAGGUGCCUUUGAAACCUGGGGGUGGAGGUAUUCUUGUGACACAAAAUAACAAAGCAGAGUAUGUCCAGCUUGUUACUGAACUUCGAAUGACAAGAGCCAUUCAGCCUCAGAUCAAUGCUUUUUUACAGGGCUUUCAUAUGUUUAUUCCACCUUCUCUCAUACAGCUUUUUGAUGAAUAUGAAUUGGAGAUGUUGAAGGCCUGUCUUCUUCCUGUAAGAAUAUUCCACAUUACUCCUGAAAUUUUUAUUUGGCCAUAUCAAGAGCUACUGCUUUCUGGCAUGCCAGAAAUUGAUGUGAGUGAUUGGAUAAAAAAUACAGAAUACACAAGUGGCUAUGAAAGAGAAGAUCCAGUUAUUCAGUGGUUCUGGGAAGUUGUAGAAGACAUUACUCAAGAGGAGAGAGUUCUUCUUUUGCAGUUUGUUACUGGCAGUUCCAGGGUCCCGCAUGGUGGGUUUGCUAAUAUCAUGGGUGGAAGUGGAUUGCAAAACUUUACAAUUGCUGCUGUGCCAUAUACCCCAAAUCUUUUACCAACUUCAAGCACAUGCAUCAACAUGCUCAAGUUACCUGAAUAUCCAAGUAAAGAAAUACUCAAGGACAGACUUCUUGUGGCACUACAUUGUGGCAGCUAUGGUUACACAAUGGCAUAAUGGAGUCCAGAAGACCCAUCUGACUACUGAUGCACAAUUCAGAGUGGCAGAAUCAAUUUAGAAAACUGUCAACAGAAAAGCAGCCUAAAUGCAACCCAUAGGCAGGGCUGAUGCUUAAAAUUUAUAAAGGAUCAAGUUUUCUGUUUUCUUUCUCUUUUCCCAUUUAUGUUUUCUCUGUGAUACAGUUUGAGAAUAUAAAAAUCACAGUAGACUUCAUUUUAAAAAUGUUAAUUGGAAGUAGAAACUUUUUUUUCCCUAUUUCUUUAAUCUGAUUUAAGAUUUUGUUAAGGCAAAAUCUUAUUCUACAUUCCACAUCUGCUAUGUAACUGUACUGUUAAAAGGGUAUUUUCUCUUAUUUUCUUAUAUAUUAAAUUAUAUGAGGACAUCCAACUGGUAUGUUCUAUUGCAUGUAAAGUGCCAUAUAUAUUUUGGAAAACUAUUGUAUAGAAUGGAUUAAUUUAGAUUGUGUAUAAAGUUACAAAUAUGUAUUUUCCCACGUUGUAUCUAUAUUGCAAUGAUUUUUUUUUAGCUUUUUAGUAUUUUAAUAUAUAAUAUAAAAUUUAGGCUGAUUAAUAACAAACAGCUGAUGAAAUUAAAUCUGAUUUAUAUAUUAGAGCUUAGACUAUAUUAUGAAUUAUUUGCAUUUUUCCAUGGUCAGUUUUCACAUGUACAAUAUUGUGGCUUUGAAGUUUUUCUUAUGCCUUAUUUUAAUUUGUAAUGAAGGUAAAAUUAAAAUAUAGUAUUUUACUGUAUUUCUUUACGUUUGUCUAUAAACUCUGAUGGCAUAUUUGAAGAAGUAAUCUGUUCUGUAGAUUACAAUUUAAGUAUGUAAUGUUUUAUUUUUUAAGUUUGCUUUUUGUAAUUGAAAUGUUUUGCUCAAAUGAAAUGCCUAAAUACAGAACAUUGGGUUUUUGAA